AUGGAAAAGUAUCGAGAAUUUGCUGACGCGUCAACUGGAAUAAAUCCUUUUUUACCUGUAUGGGUAAAUAAGAAAUUAAGUUUUCAAGAAAAGUUGUUAAAAUUAUUAUUAUUUCCAAUAGUAGUAAUGCGUUUAUGUUUUCUUAGUUUGACUUUAAUAUUUAUGUUUUUUUUAAAUAGCUUGUUGAAAAUAUUAAUAUUUCAGUGUAUAAAAGAUUUUUUUUAUCAAAUAAUACAGACAAUAUAUUGUAGAUUAUUAUUAUUUUAUUUAGGCUUUUUAUAUCUAGAUGAACAAUAUGCAAAUAAUAAAAGAGUAAAAAUCAAAUGUACUAAACAAAAAAUUCCAUUCACAUAUGAUACAUAUGGUCAUAUUUUUUUAUCUAAUUUUACUUCUUUUGUUGAUAUAUUAUAUUUAUCAUUUAGAUUAAAUCCAUUAUUUAUUGUAAUAAAUAAAAAUGGAAGUUUAUCACCUGUAUGUUUUUAUGAUUUAAUAAAAUUGUCUUUAAAAUUUUCCAUACCUAAUAAAAUGGGAAUAUUUAAAAAUAUAGAACAAAUACAUAAUUAUGCUAGAACUCAUAAAAUUAAAAAUGUUGUUAUUUUUCCAGAAGCUAUGAAAAGUAAUGGAUCUUGUAUACUCUUAUGGAAAAAUGACAUUUUUCAAAAUUCAGAUCUUGUUCUAAGAAAUAAAUGUAAUAUUAUAACUUUUAUAUAUGAUGAAAUUAAUAUAAUUAAUAAAAAACUAAAUCAUUUCUAUACUUCUCCACAUACAGUUUUCCAUCCAUUUAUUCAUAUAACCUUUCUAUGUUUUAAUAUUUAUAAUAAAAUUAAAAUUGUAUGGAUAAGUGAAAAAGAUAUAUCUCAAGCCAUAAAAGAACAAAGCUUUAAAAAUAAUGAUGAAUUUGUAUACUACUUGAGAAAUAUAAUGGGACAAAUGAAACCUACAGGGGGAACCUUAGUAAACGUUAAGGGAGAAAUGUUGGAAAAAUUUGUUAACUACUGGAAUAUGACCAGAAAAAAGGCAUAUCUAUAA